CACAAGAAUCUCACCUGAGAAACAUUCCUCUCCUCAUGCCUCCCCUCCUCCGUUCCAUUCUCCUCUCUUUCUCCCCCCUCCUCCUCCUCCUCCUCUCUCAAACCUCAUCAAGACCCUUACCUAAGGGUUCCCACCUCGACCCCUCGGAAACGCCACGAUAUCUCCAUAAAUUUGGCUACUUACCAAAACCCGUUACAAACUUCUCCGAUCACAGCGACCCAGAGUUCAAAUCGGCCGUCUCCCUCUAUCAAUCCAACCACGGUCUGGCUGUCAGCGGGAAAUUAGACUCUGCCACCCUAGCUCAAAUGUCAACGCCUCGAUGCGGUGUCAGCGAUAAAAUCACCAUUAACAACAAAAACGGCAACAACAACGAUUCGGUUGUUAGUCACUACGCAUACUUCCCGGGCCAGCCGAGAUGGACCAGAGCAAGGCCAGUUGUGCUAACAUACGCUCUCUCGCCUACAAACAACAUUGACUACAUCCCUAGGCCCAAAGUGGAGGCCGCAGUCCGUCGCGCCUUCGGCCGAUGGGCCAGAGUCAUCCCUGUUAAGUUCCGGCCCGCUGAGGACUAUGACGCUGCCGACGUCAAGCUAGGAUUCUACAGAGGGGAUCACGGUGAUGGAGAGGCUUUUGACGGGGUUUUGGGGGUUUUGGCCCAUGCGUUCUCGCCGGAGAGUGGGAGGCUGCACCUCGAUGCGGCGGAGAGAUGGGCCGUGGACUUUGGGGUGGAGGAGUCCGAUGUGGCCGUGGAUUUGGAGUCUGUGGCCACGCACGAGAUUGGGCAUGUUCUUGGGCUCGGACAUUCGGCGGUUAAAGAGGCCGUUAUGUUCCCCAGCCUCAGCCCGCGGUCUAAAAAAGUCGAGCUAACGGUUGAUGACGUUGAGGGUGUGCAGGCUCUUUAUGGGUCGAAUCCCAACUUCAACAUCACAUCUUUUUUGGAGUCGGAAACAUCGUAUGCCGUUGAUUCAGUGAGAAGAAGUUUUAUGGGGAAUUUUGUGGGGGUCAUUGUUUUGCUUUUGUGUGUAUGAGGGGAUAGGAUUAGGCAUAUUUUUGAUUCAAAAUUUUUUUUCCCCAUAUUAUUUGAUGAACAAGUUGCAUAUGAAAAGAAGAAGACGACGGAGAAUGUACAGAAGAAAAAUGUAAAUUAUGUUAGGAAAAUGAAAGGAGAUAGGUAAGUGGAGUUUGGA